CUGUCCUGAAAAGUUCCUCCAUUGCCACCAAAAGCUCCUCCGUUGGCCCAGAAAGCUCCACCUCUAGCCUGAAAAGUACCUCUCUUGCCCCAAACUCCUCCUCGAGCUCAAAACCUCCCCCCUCUGACUCAAAAAGCUCCUCUCCUACUUCCGUGGGUACCACCCAUGGCACAAAAAAGUCCUCCCCUGGCCCAGGCAGUUCCACCACACACACAAAAACAAUCCCCUCCACUACCAAGAAAAGCCCCUCCCCUGACCUGGGAAGUACCCCCCAUGGUGCAGGAAGCUCCUCUCCUACUGUGGAAGGGUCCUUCCGCAGCAUGAUGAGCUCCCCCCCGGCCCUGGAAACGAUACGUGUUAGUACAGGAGGUGCCCCCCCUGACAUGGCGAGCUCCUCUCAUGUCACAGAAAUCCCCCCACCUCGCACUGGCAGCUCCUCUGAUGGGAAAGUCAUACCAAGCCCUGUUGGGGACUUAGCCCCCACGUCAGCUCCUAUGAAGCCCACCAUGCCUGGGACGACUCCGGCAGCUGGCACCCAUCCGGAUAAGGACCCUGCGGUGCGUCCAACUCUGAAUACCACACUGCUGGAAACCAUUUCAGGUGGCAGUAAAGGUGGAACAGAAGAGCUGAAAGAGGCUGAGACAACCAGAGGAAUGUCAGCAACCACGGUUGGCAAAUCUGGGGGAGACAAAAAGGAUGCGACCACGAAGAAGUCUUAUCCUCCCUUGCCGCCAACCGUCUCAGCCUUUGGGGCUGCCACGUCUACUCCAGCUAACACCGAGCGUGUGUCUGAGCCCAUGUCUACGUCCAAGCCCCAUGACUCCCAUCAGAUCACUUGCAAGGAGCAGAUACCGUUGUUCGAAACAGGAGAGGAAACACCAAAGCUUGUAACCUUGAAUGCAACGGGAAUCUGUGGUGUGGUGGAGCAAACCAAGCAGAGCAAGGAGCUGUACGACAUAAUCUGCAAAGCACUGAAGCCCACCUUCAACCAAAGCCAAGACCAGUGCACUGUGAGCCUGGCCCCCAUCCAGGGCUCCCCUAACCACUAUGCUUUGGUGGCUGCUUCUGUGCUGAUAAAACCAGGACAGGAGGAGCUUUUUGAACUGCUGAGGGAGAAGAAGGACGAAUUUAAGAAGGCUGGGAUCACCAACGUCACGUUGGCCGACAAGCAGCUCGGGGACGACGAGCCCACUGACCGGUUCAGCAUGCCUCUGAUCACCACCAUCGUGUGCCUGGCUGUCACCUUGCUGCUCACGGCUGCCAUCUACGGCUGCUGCCACCAACGCAGGUCCCGCAGGAAGGACCAGACCAUCUCCUCUGCUGUCCCGGGGUUUGAAGGCGGACAUGUAGCUGUGCUCUUUACUCAGCGCCUGACAGAAGAGCUGCAGACCAUGGAGAAUGGCUAUCAUGACAACCCAACACUGGAGGUGAUGGAGACCUCCUCUGAGAUGCAGGAGAAGAAGAUCAACCUGAACGGCGAGCUGGGUGACAGCUGGAUUGUCCCCAUGGACAACCUCACGAAAGAGGAGCUGGAGGAGGAAGAGGACACACAUUUAUAAAUGAAGCCGGAGACCGCUAAACAAAAACAAGCAAAACCUGAAACAAAACCAAACUGACUAUAGCCACAAGUGCCAUCACCCUAUCGGACAAGGAGGGACACACGUGCCUGCCAGCUUUGCUGAGGAAAGCAGUCAUGCUUGGAGUUUGCUGUGGCCUAAACAUCGCAAUCAAAACAUAUUCACUGUCCAGACUAUAGAGUGUAUUUUGUUUAUAUAUAAAUAAAUAUAUAUAUAUAUAUAUAGUGCCUCUAUUUAAGCCUUGAUCAGAGGAGACGAGAUGGUUUAAGAGAUGAAAGGCUUUUCCAACUACUGAUGAUGGUAUCAAACUCAACGUGGUUUGCAGAACUUGGAAUCAGCUUUCUCCAGAUCGGGGCUCCUUCUGUCCAGCCGGGACCUGGCACGUGGGGUGCAACCACUGCCCGAGUUGAAGAACCCUUCACGGGCAACCAAAAGCCUGCAGCAACAACC